CUUUUCGCACGUUUCAGUUUCGCUUGGACUCCGCAUUACGGCGCACAUUGGCGGGGCGGCUAAUCGUUUGUGCAAAUAACUUUUUUGUUGGUAUAUUUAUAUGCGUUUGCUUGCUUUCUUUGUUCUCGUGCACCCGACGCAUUGGCUUUGUCCAGAGCAAUCAGAAAAUCGUAAGCAAUAAAUAUUCGAAAGUGAAUAAUAAAAACCUAAUUUAGGUGAUUUACAAAGUUUGAACCACAUAAAACUAUGUACUUAUAUACAAGUUGAACCCACCUUUAAGAUCGUGCCAAUACUUGAGUAACAAGGCGAAAGUGGUGUAAUGAAAAAUGUAAAACACAAAUGUAAAAUCGUGAAUAGUAAAAUUUCUUGUAAACAAAACGCUUAAAACUUGCGCAACACCUGCGGAAAGAAAAAACAGCUUAUCGAAGCAGUAGAGUGCCUAAAAGGCGCCAUGGCUGAUACAAUGCAUCUUCUUAAAACGCAAAUAUUAAAACUGAUGCCAUUUUUCAAUGCAGUUGUUAUUUAUUUUGCUUUCGUACAAGAUCCAAAGGGCGAACUAUGGACCACAACGCUGAAAUGUCUGCCCAUUGGAAUGUUGAUGUUCUAUGUUGUCGCAAAGGGUUUCGCGCUUACGCCCGCCUACAGACGCUCACAACGCAUACUGCUCGGCUUAAUCGGCUCAUGCGCCGGUGAUGCAUUGCUCAGCAUUAAUCUUUUCCCUCAAGGAAUGGGUGCUUUUGCCAUCGGUCAUAUCUGGUACAUAUCAGCGUUCGGUUGGAAACCACUGAAGCUAUCAAUCGGUGUAACGUUGUACAUUUUAGGUGCAGUGGGUAUUUCGGUGGUUUUCAAACGUCUUGACGCCGUACUCGCUGUUGGUCUUCCUAUCUAUGCUGCCCUCUUGCUGACCACUUGUUGGCGUGCACUGGCUCGCGCGCUCCAAAGUUCCAGCUUUAUAGACACAUUCUGUGCUGUGGGUGCAGUGCUUUUCCUCAUAUCCGAUAUAGUCAUCGGCAUUAAUAUGUUCUUGAUUUCGGUACCGUAUUCAAGAAUUUUCAUUAUGUCGACUUAUUAUACUGCUCAAUUUGCGAUCACCCUCAGCACUGCCAAUGAAAGCCCCGAGUCUUGGAAGCAUAUGGGAAAUGGCAAACCGGCGCUCAAAAGUAAUCGCGCCAAAACAAAAGACUGAUCAGUCACCGAGAAGUUUGCGCUCCAUUAGAAGUGUAGCUCAAAUUGAGAAGCAAUAAAAAUUUCAUGUGCAAAACUGCGUUGCCUAUGUCGAACUGUCACCACCAAAAACUAAAAACCAAAACCAAAAAUACCAAAAACCCCAAUACUUCCAUUGUACCUUUACUCUCUGAACAUUUUCAUGAAGAAAGGUUACUUUAGCGUAUACAAACAAGUCCACAUCUGUAUGUAUUGUGUAUAGUAUUUAUUUGUGAAUCUUAAGGUGUAUAUAAUCGAGGAGUACACACAGGUAUAUGAAGUUAUUUACUCUCGUUAGUUUAGGUAUUAUAACUAAAUGUGUCAAUUUAUCAAUAAAUGUAGUUGAUUUAAUUAUGUAGGUAUGUGUAGUUUUUAGAAGUUGGUGUUAAUUUUUUCCAGCAAAUAAAGGAAUAUUACUAUUAUUGUAAAUAGAAAAAUA